AUGUCAUAUUCAGGCUCAUGUGUAUGUGGUCAAGUUAAGUUCACUUUAGAAGGUGAACCAGAAGCAUGUUUAGUUUGUUAUUGUCCUGAUUGUCGUAAAGGAAGUGGUCAUUUAGGUCAAAUAUUAGCUCAAUAUAAUUCAAAAAAUCUUAAAAUUAAUGAUAAAGAUAAUUUAUUAACAGAAUAUAUCAUUAAUAAAACUCAAAGUGGUAAACCUAAAAAGAAAUACUUUUGUAGUGCUUGUGGUUGUACUACACAUACCGUACCAAUGGCAGCAAAUGGUGAAAUCAGUUAUGUUAGACACACGUUGAUUGAUGGUGAUUUUUCAAGUUUGCUUCCAACUUCAAGUAUUUUUGAUGAUGAAAAAGAAAAAGUUACUUCUUGCAAAAAAUCCGAGUUUUAUUAA